AUAACAUAAACCAUCAAUUUCAAAGUGUAUAUUGUUGGUUUUGUGACUAGGCUGCUGGUUGGAUGACCGGGAAAUCGUGGUUCGAUUACCGGGACUUAGAGUACAUAGGGGCAGAGAGCUGGACUGUCACGAAAGGAAGUGAGCAACCCGAGGAUUGGAGCACAUGCAGUUGACAACUGACUACUGCAAUUGGUUACUGCGCUGGUCGACCGGUGCUCAGAGAUCAAGCCAUUGGAACCCUGACCGCUGAUAUUACGCAGAGCUCUGUGGAACAACUGCCCUGAAGUGAAGACAUUUGAAAUGAACCGGAUGCUUCAGCGGCAGCCUGAGGUUACUUUGCUGCGCUGGGUGAGGCCUGCCAUGGAAUCGAAACAAGGAAAGGUUACCGGAAAGUGCUCAUGUUCUGUCAAGAAGUACCUCAUAGACUUUUGCAAGGCUACAUCGUUCCACGGCCUCAAGUAUAUCACGGAGGAAAGAAGGCAUUGGAUCGAGCGGACCCUUUGGACAUUCAUGUGCACCAUUGGACUGGCUGGAGCGACUAUACUUAUCAACAAGGUGUGGACACAGUACAGCACUUCCCCCACCAUCACCAGUGUCGAGAGCACACACUUCCCCAUCUGGAACAUCCCCUUCCCAGCGGUCACCGUGUGUCAAGUGAACAAGGUUCACCUCUCGGCCGCAGUGGCGCUGUACAGAGAGGAGUUCACCAAAAUUCUGACCGAGAAGGAGUACUGGGCCUUUGUGUCGCAGAUGGCAGAGAUAAUCCAGCCGGAGGGGGUGGACAUGUUCCAGAUGGACCUGGAGCACAUACACGCGGUGCUGAGGAACCGCAGCUACGACAUGGAGUCCCUCAUGAUGCGGGUAAGUCUGACCCAGCCUUGCUCCAGCCUACUGAUAAAGUGUAAGUGGCGAGGCGAGGUGACGUCCUGCAGUGACCUCUUCACCAUGCACAAGACGGAUGCCGGCUACUGUUGCUCAUUCAACUAUCACCCGCCCGGAGCUCCGAACGGCAAGAACGGCGUUCCUCUGCGUGUGAACGGGGCGGGCUACCUGGCCGGGCUGAGCAUGCUCAUAGACCCAAGGCUGGAGGACUACUACGCAGCGCUCUUCUCAUUUUACGGCAUCCAGGUGCUGGUGCACGCGAACCAGGACUACCCAGAGAUCUCCGCGAGGGGCAUCCUACUGUCGCCGCGCAAGGAGGCUUUCCUUCAGGUGUCCGCGGCGGCCACCUACAGCACGCGGGAAGUGCGCGCCCUCAGCAAGGAGCAGCGUCAGUGCCUGUUCGAGGACGAGCAGUCCCUGGGCAACAGCAGCGGCGAUGCGGGCGGCUACUCCUACAGCAACUGCCUGGUGCACUGUCGCAUGGAGCACAUGAACAAGCUGUGCCACUGUGCCCCGUACUUCUACCCCACAGGUAACGACACCAAACUGUGCGGUCUCACGGACGUGGCCUGCCUUGCUGACCACAGACGUGUCUUCAACAACCUGAGGUCACCCAACUUUGUUCCUGGCCUGGACGACAACGACAACGCCAUGCAAUGCGAGUGCCACCCCACCUGCACCGACGUCACUUACUCCACCGAAAUCUCAGAGUCAAACUUCUUCAAGAGCGAAUAUGACCAGACAAAUUUCUUCAAGGAGGUACCCAUCACGAACCAUUCCAUCCUUCACGUGUACUUCAAGGACCUGUCUGUACUGCGGUUCAGACGUGACGUCAUCUACAGUUGGAACGACUUGCUAGCCUCGUUUGGUGGUAUCGUGGGGCUGACCCUCGGCAGCAGCCUUCUGAGCUUCGUGGAGCUUUUGUACUUCUUCACGGUACGCCCCGCGUGUACUCUGCUUCGUCGCGACGCUGUCGGGCCCCUCAAGGAUAUACCGGCGUCGAGAAAGGGCCCAGUUCCACCCCCCUACGACUGGGUGUUCUGAGAAGAGUUACCAG